UCUAGUGAAGAUUAGCUGUAGCAGAGUGUUGAAACGAGGUGGAUAAUUUUGGAGCUUUCGGGGGAAGCUUGUAACACAGUUUCUUGCAAAUAUUUGAAAGAUGGCUGCUCAGUGUGUGUCAAAGGUAGAACUGUCCAUCUCUUGCAACAGUCUCAUUGACAAAGACGUUGGCUCCAAGUCAGACCCGCUGUGUGUGCUGCUGCAGAGCAUUGGAGAAGACAAAUGGGCAGAGCUGGACCGCACAGAGAGGGUCAAGAACUGCCAGGAUCCGGAAUUCUCGAAGAAGCUCAUCAUAGAUUACUACUUUGAGAAGGUGCAGAAGCUGAAGUUUGGCAUCUACGACAUCGACAACAAGUCGGUUGACCUUGGAGAUGAUGACUUCCUCGGAGGGUUUGAGUGCACGCUGGGGCAGGUGGUGUCCAGUAAGAAGCUUACUAGACCCUUGCAGCUCAAGAAAGGCAAACCUGCUGGGAAAGGAACAAUCACGAUUACGGCAGAGGAGAUUAAAGACAACAGAGCCAUUGUGCUAGAAGUUGAAGCAAGGAGCCUCGAUAAGAAGGACAUGUUUGGGAAAUCUGAUCCUUUCCUGGAGUUCUUUAAGCAAGGGGACGAUGGCAAGUGGCAGCUGGUCCACAGAACAGAAGUUAUUAAAAAUAAUCUGAAUCCAACGUGGAAGAAAUUCACAGUUCCCCUUCAAACGUUUUGCAGUUGUGACAUGAACAAGCCAAUCAAGGUCCAUUGCUCUGAUUAUGAUAGCGAUGGGUCUCAUGACCUUAUUGGUAUUUUCCAAACCAAUGUGUCUGAGCUGCAGAAAGCGGGCCAUGGCUCACCGGUGGAGUUUGACUGUAUUCACCCUGAGAAGCAGAAGAAAAAGAAGAAUUACAAAAACUCCGGAGUGGUGAAGAUAAAGUCCUGUUCGAUUGUGACUCAGUACACCUUCCUGGAUUAUGUUAUGGGAGGAUGUCAGAUCAAUUUCACGGUGGGGAUUGACUUCACAGGGUCCAAUGGUGAUCCCCGCUCACCUGAGUCCCUGCAUUACCUGAGUCCAAAUGGGCUAAACCAGUACCUCUCUGCCAUCUGGUCUGUCGGACAGGUGGUGCAGGACUAUGACACGGAUAAACUCUUCCCAGCGUUUGGAUUUGGUGCCCAAAUACCUCCAAACUUUCAGGUGUCCCAUGAAUUUGCAUUGAACUUCAACCCCAACAGUCCCUACUGCCAAGGGGUUCAGGGGAUCGUGGAGGCCUACCGCAUGUGCUUGCCCCAGGUCCGGCUCUAUGGGCCCACAAACUUCUCCCCCAUCAUAAACCACGUGGCCCGCAUCGCCUCCGGGGCAGCACAGCAGAAUAAUGCAUCGCAAUACUUUGUGCUGCUGAUCAUCACCGAUGGGGAGAUCACUGAUCUGGACCAGACACGGCAGGCCAUCGUGGAGAGCUCCCGGCUGCCCAUGUCCCUCAUCAUCGUGGGCGUCGGUGAGGCCGACUUCAAGGCCAUGGAGUUCCUGGACGGAGACGACGGCGUGCUCAAGUCUCUGUCCGGCGAGCCCGUGGCGAGGGACAUCGUGCAGUUUGUGCCUUUCCGAAACUUCGCCAAAGCUCCUAUGGAAGCUCUCGCCCAGAGUGUGUUGGCAGAGGUGCCCAGUCAGGUGGUGUCCUACUUCAAAAUGCGCAACCUGUCACCCGUCAACCCUCCUGCGUCCAAGUGAAGGGUGCGAUGGCUGCAGGAAGGCUUGCUUUCCACAUUGUGGCGCCACCACACAGCACCCGGGAUCAUGAAUGAGCAAUCAUGCAACUUAGAAAUGCCACUAUCAGUAAAGCUUCACAGUGCCUUUUUAUAUCAGUUAUAACAUAGCCACAUAUUUAGUUUUAUUUUUUUAAUCCAGCGUAUUAUUGCCUUGUACG